UCCUGCAUCAGCCCGACGCGCAUAUCAACGUCGUGCGGCGAUCGGGUACAUAAGACUGUCUGCUCGAUAUCACUCCGAGGAGAGAGAGAGAAGAAAGAGUGAGAGAGCUCUGAUCUACCCCGCUGUCUUCCUAUUCCAGGCCUACCCCCGACUCCUCAUUCUCUUGCCCCUACCAGUACCUGUACCUCCUCGUGCCCUAGGUAACCCCUCCAUCAUACCCCCCGUCCCCUACCUUCCCCUCCACCAGUAACUCAAGCUUGGGCUAGUGUCGAGGCCGCUGCGGGCAGAUCCACAGCGAUGCCUCCGCAAAUCAUCCACUUGCCGGACGGGCAAACGUUUACAGUGACACCCGUCUUCGCGGGUCUAUUCUUCAAGUCGCACGACCUGAACACGCACAACAACCCCUUCCCCAUCGGCUGGACUAUCGUGCUCAACACCGAGGACGAUAAGCCCGUCCUUGACAACGCCGAUGGCGGCGACGAGAGCGACGGGGAGUGCGCACGCGCCCGCCGGCGUCACGUCCACAGUUUCAAGCAGCCCACCCUGCAGAACGAUAACCUCUUCAUCUCGUCGAUAUCGCAGCCCUCGAGCACCGAGUUCAAGCCCGCCGCCAGCCCGACCCGCCAGAUCGCCAUGAUGCUCUGGGUCACACUCUAUUGGUACUUUCACCAGCACCAGCCGUCGCCCUACCUCACGACCGACGCAUCGAGGUUUACCCCCGAGAAGGCACGACCGAAGGGCGAGUGGCGCAUCAACAUCAAGCGCGACGGUGUCUUGCGCGGCAGGAACCUGAUACCGAAGCUGGAGCGCAUGGGGCUGAUCGCCUCGCUGGACUCGGCCGUGGGGACCAACAUCAAGGACAACGGCGAGGAGUGGUCGCAGAUGUUCGUCUCUCGCCGCAUGUUCUGGCAGAUACCGGGACGGUUGUUCCUCUUCACGCUGCAGCGCACGAGCGCCGCCUCGACCUACCCAGAGUCUCCGGCCGGCAGCCGCCCGAGCUCGCCGGCUCGCACCGAGUCCACCCACUCGCGGCACCAUACGCCCAUACACUCCCCUCACCAGUCGACGGGGGGCCGAUCCGACGUCGACGUACCCGGAGGCCCGCCGCCCAUGUCCAUGGUCACGACGCCAAGCUUCCCCAUCGGUCCGUUCUACUCGAGCUCCCAUCUCCCGACGUAUUACCCGCCGGCGCCGUUGAUGUACACUGUAACGAACGGCGUCCGGCAUCCCAUCCGCCGUAAGCCGGGCCGCAUGGGGGAGGUGUUUUAUUGCCGGUUCGUGCCGAGCGUGGGACGGUACCUGUCGUUCCGCGUCGCAUCCCUCGCGCCGGACGCCGUGCCGUAUCUUGGACCCGUCGGGCCCAAAGCGGCCGAGAACAGUCACCUUGCGACGCUCUCCGACACGGCGCUGCUGCGGUCGUGGCUGGCGAACCCGCGAGUGCAGAAGUUCUGGGGGGACUACACGCCCGACUUCCUAAGCAACGCGCUCGACUCGAAGCACUCGUUCCCGGUGAUUGGCAUGUGGGACGGCGUGCCGUUUGGAUACUUUGAGAUAUACUGGGUAAAAGAGGACGUGCUUGGACAGAAGCUCGGCAGCGACGCCGGGGAUUACGACCGCGGCGUUCACGUCUUUGUGGGCGAGGAGUGGGCGCGUGGUCGGGUGCCGGCGUGGCUGUCGAGCCUGGUGCAUUGGUGUCUCACGGACGACUACCGGACGAUGCAUGUGUGUCUGGAGCCGCGCAUCGAUAACGCGAGGUUCCUGCAGCAUUUGCAACAAGCCGGCUUCGCCAAGGAGCGGGAGGUUGCGUUCCCCCACAAGCAAUCCUACCUGAUGAGGCUGAAUAGAGAUGCGUGGGAGGGGCCAGCUUUGUGACGAGACACAGAAGGGAAGUUUUAGAGUGCUUCAGAGUUGGCUCGGAGGCGGCGAAGUGGCAUUGGCAUGCUUUGGUGAGAAUGAGGCAUGUAAUGGCGCAGAGGCCGAUGUGAAAGAUGUUAUUGGCCAACUACAGACAGGAGAUACCCGAUGCUCGGCUCAUAUAGAGGCGGAUUAAAUCGAAAUCAAAGCUAGCAUUACAGACAUGUAUACUCUACAAUGGACGAGACUCAAUGGAU